AUGGCAAUGCAAAUGCAUCCGGCUGAUAUUGGACAUGUGACUCCGGAUGGCGUUGUGUAUCAUCAGCGAAUUGAUCAACCCACCGAUCACGAUGAAUUGAGGCAUUUGGAUGACGAUAUGGUGGAUCCGAAUGAUUUCGUUGAUGAACACGAGUUUCGAGAAGAGGACGAUCUAGGGCCACAUUCCGUACCACCACGAGCCGUUCAUCAGUGUAAUAUUUGCAAUAAAAUAUUCGUUUCGUUCAAGGGACUACAACAACACGCUGUAAUUCAUACGGAUCAAAAGCCGUUUGGUUGCGACAUCUGUGGUAAAGCAUUCAGAUUCAAGUCGAAUCUCUUCGAGCAUCGUUCCGUUCAUAGUGGCUUCACACCACACGCUUGUCCGUAUUGUGGCAAGACGUGUCGACUCAAAGGAAACCUGAAAAAACAUCUGAAAACACACGUUUCAACAAAGGAGGAGUUAGAAGAAGCAUGGAAGCCUUUCGCGAGUAAUCGUCGUCCGCCAGCCGAUAUUCCCGACGAUGCGAUUAUCGUUCGCAGUACUGGUGAGCCGUUCUUCACGCCACCGAGUCGACCACGGAAACGAAAGCUGGGGCUGGGACCGGACGCUCGAGUGUGGAUCGAGAAGAUACGUCGAGGCGAAUUGCUGCCCAGUGCGACGAUCGCCGAGAAGGUGAUGGAGCCAAUGCGACGUUUAGCGGAGCUGUUGAAAGCCGCUGAAGAGAACUCGUUUUCGUUGGAAGAGGUGUUCGAGCAGGCUCGAGCCUUGUCGUUCGAGAGGUUCGACUGCCCUUUGUGUAAAUCAGUGUUCAUGUCUCGGCUGGAAUGCGCUGAACACAUCGAGCUGGAACAUCCGAUGGCCAGGAUGGAACGACCGUUGUUUUGUGAGGUUUGUUUGAAAACGUUCGCAGAUCGUAAAUCAAUGGAACAGCACGAGAGUUAUCACAAACGUGUGCAUUUAUUAAUUGAACACGGUGAUUUAGAGGUAAUCUGCCUGAUUCAUUCAUUUGAUUCAUACUGA